GUCAAGAAUAUAAUUGCGGCAGGUUACCGCUUUUAUGGUUUUCUCCCCUGGAAUGAGGAGUUCUUCUCAAUUGCAACCGCUUCUGCAGUCCUUCCCACCAUAGCACGAGUGGCUCAAGGUUGACCAUUCAGUGAUAUGUUACCAAAGGCUACGGAUCCCGCUGGGCCUCGGAAAGUUUCGUAGGGCAAGUUAUAGUCAUCAUAAUAUCCGCGGAUUGCAACGAAGGCUGAUUUCUCCGUGCCUUUGACACAGUAAAAAAGUUAUCGGAGAUCGAUACAAGCAAGCUGCUGACGAUCGAAAGGACUUGGUUGGUAUGUUUAUGAAGUCGGGUGUCACGAAAGACGCAGCCGUGAACUAAUCACUGGUAUCGGUGGAGGUAGAUUGUUGUACUUGAUGGACGGUAACGCGAACAUGCUGACCACUGCCGCAAAUAGAAUUGCAGGUACAGAUUCGGUCGCAACCACUGUUCAGAGGAUAAUUAUUUGCUUGAUGUUAGAUCUCAGUGCUUACAGGAUCUUAACGACCGAACUAGACGAUGCCAUGGGUAAAGGUUCGAUAAAUUCACCAGUCCAGAGCUCAGAAGCUAAACAGUUGCCAUACCUACAAGCCGUUGUCCGGGAAAGCAUGCGUAUUUAUCCUGGUGGUACGCCGUUAUCGCUUAAGCAAGUGCCUGCUGGAGGCUACAAAGUUGCAAGUUGGAACCUUCUGGCUGGCACUUAAGUUGGAGUGGACGUCUGGGGAGCGCUUUAUGAUUGAAUGUAUGACUGUCAGUUCGGCUACGGCAGAUACCAGUACUGAGAAAGGGAGCUUAUCUUCAUAGAACUGAACAAAUCCCUUCUGGAAUUAAGUUGCGCUGCCAAACCUACUCGGUUGGAGUUCUAAAACUGCCGCAGCUCCUGAGCCGCUUCGGGUUGCU